CAGCAUGUCGUUUCCUAUCCCGUCUCGCACGGCAGCUUCAUCAAUUUCAUUGGCUUCAAGUCAUACCCCGAUGCAGAGGGGUCAACGUACCCCGGCGGAAAGUGGGUGCAGGAUGCUUCCGUGGACGAGCUCCGAGAUCUCUUCGUGGGAUGGGAGGGCGAAGUGCAGGAGAUGCUUCAAGUACGUUUAUUUGCGCAUCGAGGUCGGUUCAUCGCCAUUCUGGGGACCAAAGCAAAGGCUAAGCUGAAUCCGACAAUUACACAGGACGCGUAUAUCCUCGGGAGGCUGCUCGCACACCCUCUGACGACCUUGACCAACGUCAAGGAGGUCCUGCGUAUAUAUCAAUCUGUGCGCCUGCCGUUCUCGAAUACGGUCCUCGGGCGCGCACGAGAGACGGGUAGGAUGUGUGAGUUCAACCACCCGGCAUACUAUGAU